CUACAAUUGAAAACGCAAACAAAAAUUGGAGGGAAACUUUUUCAGAGACGUCGGAAUCGAAAAAAAGGAUGAGCAGAAGACGCCACCAAAUCAUCUGUUCCUCCGAUGAAGAAGACGACGAACCUCAACAACUCCUCAACAACAGCGAAGAAAACGAAAACCCUAACAACAACAACAUUGAAAUAGAAAUUCUAGAAUCUUCUACUAGCCUUCAAUCCGUAACCCUAAGUUCCUCCAGUACUCCAAACCCCACUCCUAACCACCACGAACCACCAAACAUCGUUUUUUUUGACGUCGCCGUUGCUGUUGCUGCGGAUUGUGGUAUUGGCAGGGUAUUGGAAGGGCUAGGAUUAAGAUUACGGAAGGAUUGGUUAGAAUCGUGCGUUAGAGGGCUUGAAGGAUCGCUUACGCGAUUGGAUGAUAAUGCGAAGGCGAAGCUUUGUUUCGAGCAGUUUUUAUACUCGGAUAUGAACUAUUGUGGCGUGGGGAUGCUUCCUAGGGAUGUGCAUAAGUUGCAUUUGGUUGAUCUUAAAGGGCCUUUUGUACUUCAGGUAGAUGAGAUUGUGAAUAUCAGUUGUCCUCUUCGAGAUAGGUACCAGAAAGCAGUAGCUGGAAUAAAGAGGUGUCUGAAAUUGUCCAUGACUGAUGGCAUUCAGCGUGUGUUUGGGAUGGAGUACAGGCCUAUAAAAGAUCUUGAUGUUCUGGCUCCUUCAGGGAUGAAGGUUGCUAUCUGUAAUGUUCAUGUUAGGCAUGGACUUCUGAUGUUGGUCCCUGAAGUAAUUGAAGUCCUGGGUGGAAUGGUGGAAGAGUUAGAACAAGCAAGACAGCGGCUAGUUAAUGAAAUAAAUAAGCCACCGAGGGGGAAAAGAACAAGGACCGGAGUGGUUCCUCCUUUGGCAACUAGAGCUACUAAUGCUGCUUGGCCACCAGAAGGUGUUACUGCUCCAGAGCGCACUGAUACUGCCUCAAGAGAAAGCAGUAUGCCUUUUCAGGUUCAUGAGCGAGGAACAGUGUCUGGACUUUCUACUUCUGCAGCAGAAGAUAUUCGUCCCAUUUAUAGGGAAAAUGCCGAACCUGGGCGACCAUCUGCUGCGGCGAUUCACACUCCUGUUAACAGGAGAGAUACUGAACCUAAUAUUCCAUCUACGGCAGCUGUUUCUGUCCCCUCCUUUAUGAAGGAUACUGGGCCUAGCUUUUCAUCUGAUGCAGCUAGUCAUGUUGAGGAUAUUCCUAUGGUUGACAUGGCCACCGAAGACAUUGAUCUUCCAAUUAGAAGGGAACAUAAUGAACCUAUCCUUUUGUCUUCUUCCCCCAUGGAACUGGAGGAGUUUCUUUCAGAUGUUAGAAAUGGCCCUGCCACACCUGCCAGUGGCAGGAGCAGAGAAAGUGUUCCUGUCUCUCUCACGGGCCAUAAUGAAGAUACAGAGCCUGAUUCAUUGUCUACUGCAACAAUUGAUGUUGAGGAAGUUGAUUUGGUUGAUGAGUUGGAACAUCCGAUUAUACUUUCUGGAGACAAUGAAAACCCUUUCACUUACUUAGCUAGUCUGUCUGCUAAGAAGGCUGGUACGAAUGGCAGUGGUUCCACUGUUACAGGAAAAAUUAAGUGUUUUCUCACUGGUGUGAAGGGAUUUCAGUAUAGACAGAGGAGUAAAUACGAGCUUCGGGCUUAUGUUGAUGAUGGCAGCCUCAUCUCUGAGAUCCUUAUUGGUCAUGAUGUUGUGCAGAAGGAAAUAGGGUUUUCUCCUGCAGAAGUUACUGCUGCUCUUGAAUCUUCAGAUGGCAAACGAAUCAGUGACAUGAAGGAGACACUGAAACGUUUUCAGAAGUUCUUGGUGAAUUUUGAGGGAAUAAUGCUUGUACAGUUGAAUGAAGAAUCCCCAAUUCCAGUUGCUAUUGAAAUGAACCAGGGGUGUCCUGCCUCUGAUGCAUGGUUGCUUCUCAAAAGACUCAAGCCCGCUACUUCACAACCGCAUCAUCUUCACCCAGAAACCAUCAAUUUAUCCCCUUGAUGUGCUGAUAUGCAUGUGGACAUGUUCUCUGGAAAACUUCAAAACCACGUGAGCUGAUGGUGGAUAUUAUAGUCCAUGAAAUCCCAGGCUUAUCACCAAAAUCAGUUUAUCCUAAGAUUUUGAAUCAGCAAGGUGAGUUACAUCACAUUGCUCAAUUCAGAAAGUUGUUGCAUGACCUGAGAAGUAACAGCGUAAAUGUAGAUAUAUUUGGCCUUGAAUCAAACGAUAAAAUCACUUCUCAAAAGUCUUUGUGGGGCGGUGUCAUAUAUAACACAGUGAAUCAGCACAAUGUAAGUGAGUUUUCCGUCAUUCCUUACAUAGAAGGCUAGCAUUACAGCAACAUGAGAAGAUAGAAGGCUAGCAUUACAGCAACAUGAGAAGAUAGAGGCCUCAUCCUUAGCUGCUUACAAUUAGCUAGGCUCAAUUUAUUUCCUGUGUUCGCAAUCCACUUCUAUCUUCAGAGGAUAGGAGAGACUGGAUAUUAUAUUCUCUGGAGGACUGCAGAUGGAUAAAUACUUCUCUGGUUCCCUGGUCCAGAAUUUUCUUGCAGGGUAUUGGUAUCGGUGGUAUUCCUGAGCUGACAUUGACAAUUGAUGUGUAUACUCGUGUUUAUGGAAACAAUGCUGAAUUCAUCCUGGUAGCAAUUGCAAGAACUGGAUUGCUCUUUUCUUUCCUUUUAUCCUUCAAAAGGAAAGAGAAGGAUGGGUUUUUAGGGUGGGACGGAGACUGAGCAAAAGCUAAGGUAAUGUUAGUAAUCCUAAUUUAAUUCCAUUGUUGGUAAGCUGCCUUUGGUCAUUUCAGAUUUUAUUGAUACGGGACUCAGGAUUGUAAUCCAAACUUGUUUCCCGAUGUUAAACCGAAGCGUGUAUUCGUUUGUGCCAGAAGGCAGAAAGUAACUAAACAAUUGCUAAAGGCAAAUUACUACUGUACAACUAAACAAGAAAAUGUCAACUUUCAUCUUCGUGCUUUUCGCUCUAGAAGAAGUAGAAAUCAAAGGGUAGAAUUUUAAUGU